AUAAAGAUAAUGAAGAUGAUGAUGAAGAUAAUGAAGAGGAUAAUGAAGAGGAUAAUGAAGAUAAUGAAGAUAAUGAAGAGAAUGAAGAUGAUGAAGAGGAUGAAGAGAAUAAAGAGGAUGAAAAAGAUAAAGAAGAGAAUGAUGAAGAGGAUGAAGAGGAUGAUAAAGAGAAUGAUAAUAAUCACGAUAAUAACAAUAAUAUUAAUAAAAAAUCAUGA